CAGCAGCCCGCAUUUAACACUCCGCCGGCAAAGGUAGAGCGCCGGGCUGCAUGCGACCCACAACACAGGGGCCGUUAGCCGUGAAGGAGAGGACGCCAUGUGCCGGCCGGCUCUGACCAGACUGCUGCUCUUUCAUCUGCUCCUGAUCAAGCUCCACAUCGCUAAAGGCGCUGCGAAGGAGUGCGAAGAGGACCAAUUCCAGUGCCGGAAUGAGCGCUGCAUCCCUUCCAUUUGGAAAUGCGACGAGGAUGAUGACUGCUCAGAUAACAGCGACGAGGCAGAUUGCCCCAAGAAGACCUGUGCAGAAACUGAUUUUACCUGCAACAAUGGCCACUGCAUUCCAUCCAGAUGGAAGUGUGAUGGGGAAGAGGAAUGCCCAGAUGGGUCUGAUGAAUCUGAAGCAACCUGCACCAAACAAGUAUGUCUAGCUGAAAAAAUCAGCUGUGGAGACUCCAGCAAUAAAUGCAUUCCUUCUUCAUGGAGAUGCGAUGGAGAAAAAGAUUGCGAAAGUGGAAUUGAUGAGGCUGGCUGCACUAAUGUCUGUUCUUCUAGCGAGUUCCAGUGCAGUAACAAGACCUGCAUAGCGACGAUCUUCGUCUGUGACGGUGACGAUGACUGUGGUGAUGGCAGUGAUGAGAGGAAGUGCCCUCCCCUCACUUGCAACCCCAACGAGUUCCAGUGCAAUAACAGCCUGUGCAUCCCACAGAUCUGGGUCUGUGACAACCAGCCCGAUUGUGAGGACCUUUCCGACGAGUCGAUGGAGAAGUGUGGCUACAAACUCAAGCCGCAAGUCAUGAGCACCUGUGCCGUUCAUGAGUUCCGGUGUGGCAGUGGGGAAUGCAUCCACCUGAACUGGAAGUGUGAUGGAGAUGAAGACUGCAAAGACAAGUCCGAUGAGCAAGAUUGUCCCCUGGUGACCUGCAGCCCUGAUGAGUUCCAGUGUGGUGAUGGGACCUGUAUCCAUGGAGCCAAGCAGUGCAACAAGGUGCAUGACUGCCCUGACAACAGCGAUGAAGCUGGCUGCGUCAACGAAGCGGCGUGCGAGAGUCCCACCAAGUUUCAGUGUAAGAGUGGAGAGUGCAUAGAGGAAGUCAAGGUGUGCGAUUCACACAGGGACUGCAGGGACUGGUCUGAUGAACCUCUAAAAGCCUGUGGCAUAAAUGAAUGUGCACUUAACAAUGGUGGUUGCUCCCACAUCUGCAGAGACUUGAAAAUUGGCUAUGCCUGUGAAUGUCCUCCUGGAUACAAGCUUCUGGACAAGAAAACAUGUGGAGACAUAGAUGAAUGUGAGAAUCCUGACGCUUGUAGCCAGAUCUGCAUUAACUACAAGGGAGACUAUAAAUGCGAAUGCUACGAGGGUUACGAAAUGGACACCCUGUCCAAAAACUGCAAAGCUGUAGGGAAGAGCCCGUACCUCGUCUUCACGAACCGUCAUGAAGUGCGGAAGAUUGACCUGGUAAAACGGGACUACUCUCGUAUCAUCCCCAUGCUGAAGAAUGUGGUCGCUUUGGAUGUGGAGGUGGCAACAAACAGGAUAUACUGGUGUGAUUUAUUCUACAGGAAGAUAUACAGUGCCUACAUAGACAAAGCCAGCGACACAGCCGAGCAGAUGGUUCUAAUAGAUAGCCAAUUGAAUUCGCCGGAAGGCCUGGCGAUGGAUUGGGUUCACAAGAAUAUUUAUUGGACAGAUUCAGGAAACAAGACCAUUUCGGUAGCCACAGCUGAUGGGAGUAAGAGGAGGACACUUUUCAGUACUAACUUAAGUGAGCCCAGAGCCAUUGCGGUGGAUCCAACCCGGGGAUUCAUGUAUUGGUCUGACUGGGGGGACAUCGCAAAAAUUGAGAAAUCUGGCUUGAACGGUGUGGAUCGGCAAGUGCUUGUGACGGACAACAUUGAAUGGCCCAAUGGUAUCACACUGGAUUUGUUGAAUCAGCGUCUCUACUGGGUGGACUCCAAGUUGCACUUGCUUUCGAGUGUAGAUUUCAAUGGCAGCAAUAGGAAAGUUCUCAUCUCUUCCGUGGAUGACCUGAGCCAUCCGUUUGGAUUAGCAGUGUUUGAGGACAGGGUAUUCUGGACUGACUUAGAGAAUGAGGCAAUCUUCAGUGCAAAUAGGCUGAAUGGUCUAGAUAUCUCCAUUUUGGCUGAGAACCUCAAUAAUCCUCAUGAUAUUGUAGUCUUUCAUGAGCUGAAGCAACCCAAAGCUCCUGAUGCUUGUGAGCUCAGUUCUCUGCCAAAUGGAGGCUGUGAAUACCUUUGUCUUCCUGCACCCCAAAUCUCUACACACUCCCCAAAAUAUACAUGUGCUUGUCCUGACUAUAUGUGGCUGGGUCCUGACAUGAAAAAGUGCUAUAAAGAGCUUCCAACUACCUCAACUAAUAUGCCUACUACUACUACUGUUACUACUACUACAACUCACAUGCCCAAUUUUACUGCUGUUACUGCUGUUAUGACGAACACUACUACCACCGUCGUUGUUACAACUAGCAACACCAACAGUAUUAGAACAGAAAGCCAAGAAACAACAUCACGUGUCUUCCUUGGCACUACAAGCGUUCGUUCACUCACAACCACAUCCAGCCUGGCAGACCCAAAGAUAACGACAACAGGAAACAGCAAUCUCUCCCAGCACUAUGCUAACGAUGGACAAGGUUUUGGAUCAACUGUGAUGGCAGCCGUUAUUGGAAUUGUUGUUCCUGUUGUGGUAAUUGGUUUGUUGUGCAUGGGAGGGUACCUCAUCUGGAGAAACUGGAAACGGAAAAACACAAAAAGCAUGAACUUUGAUAAUCCUGUGUACAGGAAGACUACAGAAGAGGAAGAUGAAGAUGAAAUCCAUAUUGGGAGAACCACACAGAUUGGGCAUGUGUACCCAGCACGUGUAGCGUUAAGUCUAGAAGAUGAUGGGUUGCCGUGAGGGCUGCACCGACUCCAGUCCCACCGCCGGAUCGAUAGAUAUGCACUGAACACAUCUGCUGUGGAUCAUGGAAUCCACCUUGUCAUAUUUCUUUCUCCCCAUCACCUUUAACUAUUUAUGUUGCAGAAGGGUAACCACAAAGUUGUAAUGAACCGCAAACAUCCAAAGGAUGUGAAAGUUUUGUAUGUAUAAUCUUUUAUACACCUUUUUAACUUCUUGCACUAUCCAUCUGUAAUAGUGAGGAGGCUGCUCUAACGCUGAGCUACUAACGCGGAGUAUACAACCAGCCAGACCCAAGGGUCGGUAGCUUACAUGACAUUUUUAAUCACUAUAUUUAUAGAGGGUUUGUAAAUAUGUCCAGCAUACUUUGUGGCUACCCAUCAACAUAAGAGAAAAGAAGAGGUCUAU